UUAUUAUUUCUAUCCCUAGCUGGUUUUAGUCAACACCUCGGGUCCAAAUUUAGCCAACAUCUAUUUGGCCAAAGAAAUCAAAUUGGAAGAAAAAACUAGCUAAAAAAAAUGGGCAUUCAGAACUUUUUGAGCGGUCUGUUUAAGAAACAAUCAAACAAGGGCAUUGCCGAACCAUUACCUGCACCAAAAGCUCAGAAUCUUGGCGAGGAAAUAAGGCUAAUGGUCAAUUCCCCACGGUUUGAGAGCGCCUACAAUACUGCCGCUCCAUUUCUGUUCGCCGGCUUGGGAGCUUGGCCGGGAUAUUGGGCUUUUAGAGCAAUGGAUUAUCAUACCCACCGAUCCCAUAUACCAUUGGAGAUCUAUAUAAGACGGACCUACUAUCAAGCCAAGACGGUGCAACUAUUUAUUAUUUUGGCUGGCACUUAUACAGUAUUCAGGAACCACAAACUGUUGACUGCACAAAAUGUUGAUAACUCGCAGCCAGCAGAUUUUAAAUAUGACUUCUCUAAUUUAUUACGGCAAAAAUUCGAUUACUAAGUGAGAAAUAAAAGCGCUGGAUGUCCUAAAAAAAACGAGGUCUUUUCAAUUUU